UAAAGUACAAUGUCUCUUGUAACAAAAAACUUUUUAGUUAUUCCAAUUUUUUUGAUAACAUUUUCAAUAUCAAAUCUUGCUGGAACCAUGAUCCAUCCGCCCCACACGAUGCAGAACCGAACGACGAUCACGAGCCGAAAAAUCGACGAGAGAAAAUUAGUAUUCGUAAAUCGCACCGAGUGGAGGGCAUCGCCAACAGCACAGGCACCCGUAAAAUUGGACGUUAUUCCCGUUUCAUAUGUUAUGAUUUAUCACACGGGCACGGAAACAUGUUUCGGCAGAGAAAUUUGUGAUCAAUUAGUCCGAGAUCUCCAGGCAAAAUAUUUGAUGGGCUACCCCUUGAACCGAGACAUCGGAUACAACUUUGUUAUCAGCGGUGACGGUAACGUCUACGUCGGACGUGGAUGGCACGCUGUGGGCGCUCACACAUUCGGAUUCAACAGAAUUAGCCUGGGGAUCGGUUUGAUUGGGACUUUUUACGAUAGACCACCCAGUGUAAGACAAAUUCAAGCUCUUGAAGAUCUCAUUCAGUUAGGGGUUAAAAACUAUAGGAUCGUUGAAGAUUUCAAGUUUUAUAAUUAUCCUCCAAUGGCUUUACACUUUAAGUCCGCAAUGGAAAUACUCAACUUCGACGAAAUUAUAAGCAGUGAUGAAAAAUAGGCCCCAUUAAACGGAAAGAAAAAAUAAUCUCCAAGAUAUUAAUAAAUUUUUUAAAAUAAUUAUUAUGUCUGUAAAGCAAUUUUUGAUAAAUGUAAUAAAUAUGUAUGUAAAAAAAUAUUUUUUAAAUUAUUAAUUAUCUAAAAAUUUUUAAAAACUAAUUACUCAUAUUGCCGCU